UAACAUUAAUCAUCGCCGACAGAGAGGCCGCUGACGAAGAAGGAACUGAGAGCCACUCAGAAGUACAACAACGCUGCUGACGUAGUGCUGAAGACGCUGGCUAAGGCCAUGAAGAAGGUGGAGCCUUUCCCUGUCAGUCUGCAGGAGGCGACGUUGCAAAAUCUGAGAGAGCUGGACGAGGCUCCUUCAAGCCAGACAAACCCACAACCCGAAGAGGAAACCCAGAAGGAGAAGAGAAGGAGGAAGAAGAACAAGAAAAGAAGAGGCAACAACAAGGGGGGGAAAUCCGACUUGGCAGAAUCGGAGAACAACCAGAAGAACAAGAACCAGGAUGGCGAAGAGGUAGAGGAGCCAGUCAGGAGACGAAAGAAGAACAAGAAGAAUAAGAAUAAAAACAAGAACAGGAACAAGAAUAAGGACAAGGACACCACGGACGAAGACGAGGCGGUGGAAGAAGGAGGUGGUGACACGAGUGCUUUAAGUGUGGAGGGAGGGAAGAGAGAAAAACAACACGGGAAGGGCAAGAACAAGAACAAACGUAACAAGAAUAAGAGGAAGAAGAACAGGAAGAACAAGAAGAAGAACAAGGGCGUCGCAGCCUCUACAAGAGAUGCUAAGGCUCUGGGAGACUACGAGCAAGAGGAUCCUGAAGCAUAUACCGAGGAGGUGGAGGACGUGGAGGGACGCAGGAAGGGCGGUCGCCCGGCAAACAAGAAGAACGGAAAGGGAAAGAAGGGGAAGAGAGGCAAGAAGAACAAGAAGAAGAACAAGAAGAACAGGAAGAACAAGAAGAACAAGGGGAAACACAGCGGCUCCAAGAGCCGCUCAGAGUCGCUGGAUCUCGAGGAGAAUACUGGUCCAGUCCUGCCCACUCAAGACGAGAUGGAGACGAGCAAUGCUAGACUUACAGGCUUCAGCAACCUUGCCCGCAGCCAGGAUGUCAGUGUCGACCUGUCCGGCAAUCAACCUCAGUUCGAGGCGACUUUUACAGUGGGUCCUCUGAAAGUGGAGAUGGCAGACAAGGCUAGAGACCUCACCAAGACCCAGGUCGCCAUCAUCCUCAGUGCACGGGCGUUGUUCAAAGCCAAGAAUGUUCGUUCCCGGGACAAGCUCAAACUUCUGAGUAUGGAGAUGAUGGACAUGACACACGACACCGUCAGUGUGUCCCGCUCUGACCUCAUCUUCGAGUCGGAAAUGGUCUCUACGGUGCAGGAUCAGGUCGUCCAGGCUGUCGAUGUACCCCGCAUUGGCCGCAUACUGGCCCAUGAGCUGGAGACCAUCUUUAAUGAGGAAGAUAUUCUCCAAAACCUGGAAGAAAAAUUCAAAAACUAACUCAAACCUCAAAGAAACCAAAAUUCAUUUUUCAAAGAAAACGUUAAAGAACUCACUAUCAAAGAAAACUAUAAUUUAUGAAAGACAGACUUUUACAUUUCUCGUUCCAUUCUCUAGGAACCCUACACGUCUUGUGCUGAAUAUGUUUAAUGUGUCUCUGCAUUCUAACCCUCUCAGGUUGUACAGACUGAUCUUGUGUAUAUCGUGCCCAAGGAGCCAAGUUGGCCAAACAAACCCAGUUGUAUUAAUAGAUUUAUUCGUACAAAUAAUCUCUAAUGGUAAAUUAAUACGCUGUACCAGUGAUAAAUGGUGCACCGAGACUAUAUACCCUGACCUAACUGUGUUAACUUUAAGUGUUGUUAUUUAGCUUUCCUCUCUUACAAAAAAAUAUUAACAUACUCGGCUUGUUUCGCAAAUCGAUCGUUGCCGAUCUAAGUCGGCAAGUGAGGCUUGUGAAGUACGAUAUGUAUGCACCACUUGUGCCCCACUGAAACACUGUGUUUCAAGGAAUGAAUUAUUGGUAUGAGUGUUUUACUAGCGUCUGCCAUAUCUCAUGCCAUCUAUCUGGUGACCAACCCAGGUACAACUUCACGCACAUUAAAGAACAUGAGAAUAAGUAAGUUUUUUUAGGUACACAUGAAUACAGUUACACAAAUUAUUAUAUAUAGUAACAUAUGUGUAAAUUACCUAGGAUAACCCAAAAAUAAAGUCAAAGUGACUUAUUUCCAUUGUGGGGGAAUGAUGGAACGCUGCAGCAGGCCUUGUGGUCUUAGCUGCGCUUAUCCAAGUCAUACCCACUCAUAUUUUCCUAGUGUCUUCUUAUUCUCUGGCUCUUAACACCACCUUCAUGUAGAUAAUGCUAACAUAGCACCAACUUACACUAUAU